AUUGAGACAAAUUUGGUAUUCUGCUAAAACUUGUAUACAAUAUCAAUGGAGUCCCCACUUCUUUAUGCUAAUUCAGGUGUUUUUAUUUCCAGUGUUGAUGAAAUGCCACAAGAUGAUCCUGGAUCUCCUCAAAUUGAGUUUAUUGAUUUUGAGCACCGCCCUGGGCCCUCAGGUUCUCAGCUUCGUGAGCCUAUGGUUCCAACAGACCAGUCUGACUAUACAGCCUCUCAGGCUUUAAGAGAGUCUGCGGAGCGUAGAGUCCAAAGCCAACAAUAUCAGCCUGCAAGCUCUCAGGCUAGACGGAUCUCUAAGCAGUCUGUUCCGCGGCGACGUCGUCGUCGGCGUCAGGAAGUUACUGAACUAGAAGAUCCGUCUUUGCGCAGGGCAACGGAGAGAUUGGAGGCCUUGGAGCAUGCAAGUGCGCAAGCCACUCGAGAGGACGCACAAGCCACAAAUAGCCGCAGCGCUCGAGGCCUUAGGGAACAGGCUGAAAGAUCCCUUUAAAAUUAUAUUAGUGGAUCAACCGCAAAUGGUAAAUCACAUAAUUAUGUAACAUUAGAAUAUUAAUAAUUAUAAAAUAUUAUGUUUGCAGAGGCGUAGUGAUAAAUUGACAAACUUAGUUUUUAAUUUGUGCAUCUUUUCUUAAACUAUUUUCCUCUUUUUC